AUUUACUCAAUGCAACAUCACUUCCCAUGGAAAUGCAUCAACUGAAAGUUGUUUGGUUGUGAAGCAUUUUAGCUGUUUUAUUGACAAUAAGGAAGACAUAGUCAUUUAGACAUCAGAUAGAUUUGAGGCAGACACAAAUCAUCAUGGAUCCAGCAUUACUCAGGGAGAGAGAGGCGUUCAAGAAGAGAGCAUUGGCCCAGCCUAUUAUAGAGAACAGGAAGAAGCCAAAGAAGGAAGAGAGUACAAAAAGUAAAUCAUCAAAGAAGCAGAUAACCACCAAAGAUAAACCGGCCAUCAGUUACAAGUCGAUGAAAGGAAGCUCACAGUACAAGUUCAGCGUCCUCGCAAAAAUCGUCAAGCACAUGAAGCUGCGUCACCAGAGAGGUGACACGCAUGCGUUGUCCCUGGAAGAAAUACUCGACGAGACAAACCAACUUGAUGUCGGGCCCAUGCAGCGACAUUGGCUCUCUACCGAGGCAUUGGUAAACAAUCCUAAGAUCCUCGUCUCUCAGUCGAACAAGUUCCAGUUUAAUCCCCCAUAUAACCUGAAAGAUAAGAAGAGUUUACUCAGACUGCUAGAUAAGCAUGAUCAACUUGGACAGGGAGGCAUUUUGCUGGAGGAUGUACAGGAAUCACUGCCCAACUCAGAAAAGGCAAUCCGGGUUAUAGGAGAUCAAAUCAUACAGGUCACCCGUCCAACGGACAAGAAGGUGGUGCUGUUUUACAACGACAAGAGUCUCAGCUUCAGCUGCGAUGAAGAAUUCCAAAAGCUGUGGCGUUCAAUACCAGUUGAAAGCAUAGAGGAUCAAAAGAUUGAGGAAUAUUUACAGAAGCAGGGGAUAUCCAGUAUGCAGGACCAUGGAAUGAAAUCGAUUAGAGCACAGAAGAGGAAAAAGGGAUCGAAGAGGAAUAAAACAUUCAAGAAGCACAAUGAUCACAUGGCAGACAUACUCGAAGAUUACUCUCAGAAGGGACAACACUAGUGUCACUGUAAAGACUGUGAGAUGAAGUGAGAAAAUGCCGAGCUCGUAUCGGUAUGGUCUUUGGUGAGAAAACUGUGAUUGUUUAUUUUUGUACUUAUACAGGGCGAAUCGGCAUCACUGUUUAUAAUGAUAAUUGCAGGUACCUCGAGAGUAGAUUGAAGUUAUAACGUAUUAGCAAACAACACAGAAUGUGGUGAAAGAAUAGUGAGUGAACAGUGUCUAUGCUGAAUGCUAAAAAGCUGUUCAGUGAGAUUCUUGUGUGUAGACAUUCUAACUACUUAUUACCGCCCCUUGUUUUGUCUAUGCACUUAUACUGUUCUUAACUGUACUUAACCCAUCUGUCCUACAUCAGGAGAAUUCUAUACUGGAUUGCAGUAUUAUUAGGUGAGUAUAUAAGCAGAAACCUGAGUGACUGCAUGAAAAUCAGCAACUAGGCCUAAUGAAGUUAUUUAUUUCUGUCUAAAAAAGUAUGUUGAUCAUAAAUAUUUAGAAGAAGAAAAAAAUGUUUUGUACCUCUAACAAUUUAUCUAGAAUAACAUUGUAAGGAGUGGACUGGCUUUGUGGUGCAGUUUAUGUGAAAGACUAAUUGCCCCAAUUAUAUUCCUACGAAUUUCUAAAUCCCUUGUAGUAAAGUUUACUGUAAAUACACAUUUAUAUUUUAAGCAUCUGAAAAGAAUUACUGCUAUGCUCUGUCAUGUGUCUAGAUGCGUGCUUGUCAAUAGUAAACUUUGUACCUAUAAAUAUGUUUGUAUAGAUUUGGUAUUGAAGAUUAUUCGUGUUUGUUAUUGCCAUGUAUUGCAUAAAAGUUAGGUCAGUUUGAAUCAAUAAUUUUUGAAAUGGCAGUGAAGUGGUAUACGAUAAUUUAAAAAUCUUCAGUGUGGGACGUUUUUUCAUUGCAUAUUAAGGAUUUCUUGGCUUAAAAAUGUGACAAAAAAGUUAUGCUGUAACGCAGGAACAGGCUGUUCUUGUUCUGUGUAUAGUCAGCUCGAAUUUCCCUAAGCUGUUAUAUUUUAGACAAGAAGUUACCCUAAAACCCAAUAACCCAUCCUACCUUCAGCAUAUGAAGCCAUAUUGUCAACAUAUUAUCAAGAGAUAAAUAGAUUGCUUACUUGAUGUUGUUUUGAUAUGUUCCACCAUAGCUUUCUAUUCUUCUCUACGUGACCUGCCCAGAGUGUCAGGUGUAUUUUGUAAAUGGAAACAGCAAGACGACCUCAAUUGGUUAACGCACAGAACGAUUGUAAGGGACUCCACUCCCUUAAAGUGUAACGAAAAAUGCUGCCAUGGUGACGAGCAUGGUCAUGUGUCUGUUAUUUGUAUAUAGCAAUGUAAAUUAUUUGUAUAGCAUGUGCGGACGCAGCUUUCUUUAAGUGACACUUGAUUCGAGUGAAUGUAUCCGUGGCCAUAUCUAGAGUUAUGGCGAAAUGAAGGAUUGUAAAUAAGAUUUGAAAAAUAUUCAUAUACGUGAUCAUUUUU